CUUCUGCUUUCAGUGAUGGAGUCAGCUGAUCUGAGGAAGGAGCUGGAAUGUUCCGUCUGCCUGAACAUUUAUACAAAUCCUGUAACCCUGAUAUGUGGACACAACUUCUGCCAGGACUGUAUUGGUCGUGUGUUGGAUACACAGGAGGAGUCUGGAGGUUAUUCCUGUCCUGAAUGCAGAAAAGCGUUCCAGGAUCGUCCUGCACUGCACAGGAACAUUACACUGCGUAACAUAGCUGAAAAUUUCCCGUCUGCUCAGCCAGAUCAGGAGUCGUCCGGGUUCCUCUGCACUUACUGUAUUCACACUCCUGUACCUGCUGUGAAAUCCUGUCUGCAUUGUGAGGCUUCUCUUUGUGACAAUCACCUCAGAGUCCACAGCAAGUCACCAGAACACGUCUUAUGUGACCUCACCACUUCCCUGGAGAACAGGAAAUGCUCCGUCCAUAAGAAGAUCCUGGAAUAUUACUGCACUGAGGACUCCACCUGUAUCUGUGUGUCCUGCAGGCUGGAUGGAGAACAUCGGGGACACCAGGUGGAGACUCUGGAUGAGGCCUCUGAGAUGAAGAAGAAUAAAUUGGGAAAUGUUCUGCAGAAACUGAUGAAUGAGAGAGAGGAGACAAAGAAAAGAGUCCAGACUCUGCAGGAACACAGGAGGAAAGUACAAGGAAAAGCAGAUGAUGAAACGGAGAGAGUCGCUGUCCUGCUCAGAGACCUCAGGAGACGUCUGGAAGACCUGGAGAAGAGAGUCCUGAGUGAGAUCUCCGGGCAGGCAGAGCGGCUCUCUCUAUCACUGUCUGAUAUGAUCCAACAGCUGGAAAUAAAGGAGCAGGAUCUGUCCAGGAAGAUGGGGGACAUUGAGGAGCUGUGUAACCUGACGGAUCCACUGGCUGUCCUAAAUGAAUCGGUCACAGGUGACUUGUGUGAUACUGAGGAUGAAGAUGAUGAUGACAGAGAGAGACAUGAUAAAUUCCUCCAUAAUGGAUGGAAUCUGGAUGUGGUGGGGAUCUCAUGCACAUUACACACAGGUUUAUCUGAUAUCAUGUCUGGGGUAAAUAUAUGUAUAGAUACACAUGUCUAUUCACAUAAUACUACUACAAGCGGAGAAGUUCACAUCAAUGCUGAACAAAUCAAAAAACGCCUAAAACUCACUUCCACUAUACAACGCUCACACAACGAGCAUAUAGGACCAGUUAUUGGGGCUGUACAGCCAACAUUGGGGUUGUCGGGGGUUACAGACAUAUUACUGGAUGUGAGCACAGCUGGUAAUACUCUACAUAUAUUCGAUGACGGGAAAACUAUAUCCUCCUCAUCGUAUCAGAACUUUCCAGAAACUCCAGAGAGAUUUCAGUGUCCUCAGGUGAUGAGCAGUCAGAGUUUCUCCUCAGGGCAACAUUGCUGGGAAGUGGAUAUCUCGGGGUCCGAGUACUGGAAAGUUGGGAUUUGUUAUCCCAGUAUAGGCAGGAGAGGAGUCCAGUCUUGGAUUGGAUGUAAUAAGAAGUCUUGGGGUUUAGAGAGAUUGUGGGGUGAUCAGUACUUGGUGAUCCAUGACAGGAAAGAGAUCCAAUUGACUAGCAAUGUCUCCAGUAACAGAGUCAGGAUUGAUCUGGAUUAUGAGGCCGGGCGCAUCUCCUUUUAUAAAUUGUGUGACCCAAUCCGACAUCUCCAAACCUUCACCACCACAUUCACUGAGCCCCUCCAUGUUGUGUUGGGUGUAUGGAAAGGUUUUAUAAAGGUAUCUGGGGCAGUCAAAAUGUGAGAAAUUUUUGCCCAGACUCUGGUGACAUCAAAGGGUGGAGAAUCUGGUGCAUUGAUCAGCUAAUAGGAAGAAGCAGUGAACAAAAACCAACAUUACUGAAUUAUUUCUAAAUCUGCAGGCUCUGAGGCCAUCAUCUUCAUCAUAAACCUCACUUCGCUGCCUAGCGGGUCACUGACCAGGAACAAGAAUGCGUGAGUUCAGAUUACCAAGUCUGGACGGUCUGCAUGCUUGUUAUUGGCCAGUACAAGUCUAGGUAGAGUAGCCAGGAUUGUAAUGACGGCUCUGGAGCCUGCACCUUUUUUUUAAAGUUUAUCUGGAGAGAUUUCCCCUCAUGCCGCAUACACAUGAUCAGAAAUUCCGACAAGAAAAG